AUUUUGUAUUUUUGUAGUGUUAUUUUGUUAUAAGCUUUAGAGAUUUUCAAUAAUCGUGCAAUGUCUGGAGAUUCUUCUACUUCUGAUUCAGAAAUUAGUGCGUGCAGUUCAAAAUUUGACCCAGUCAAAACACUUUAUUCGAGUAGAACUUUGGUACCUGUCGAAAAUGCUCCUAUGUACAACAGUGUCGACCAAUUCGAAGCCUCUCUUCAAAGUAAAAAUACCAUUGUUCCCGUCGGGCACAGUGAAUUAGUUCGGAAACAGAAGGAGGAAAAAGAAAAAAGGCAAAAUGAAGAGGCUAGACGUUUGGCAGAAGUGAAUAGACAGCGAUUUGCAAAAUACGAAGCUCCCGUACCUAGAAGACCGGCGCCGGCCAGGACCAGUAAGAACGUCCUGCAUCGCAUCCAUGAUAUAGAGGGCCCGCUCGCUGUGCUCAAGCAGUGCGUAGAUCAGAGGCUUAGAGUUAAGGUGAUAACGCGGGGUGCAGCGGGACUCAGAGGUGAACUGCACGCCAACCUGGUCGCCUUCGAUAAACAAUGGAACCUCGCUCUUACAGAUGUACUGGAGAUCUGGCACAAAAAGGCCAUUACGAAGAGAAAAAUACCACCGGCUAUGGGUGCAGCUGUCGCCAAAGGUACAGCAGCGACAAUGUACCCUGUGCCCAAAGUGACGGAGACACCUAUUGGUAAAGGUGUAUGGGAGUGCAGGCGACAUGUCCCGCAGUUGCUGGUGCGCGGCGAACAUGUCGUUUUGGUCAACUUGGUGCAACGGUGAAGAGACAGAUGUACAUGUAUUGUGUAAGUUAGAUAGAGAUGCAAAAUCUGAUC